AUGGCUUUGACCAAUGAUCCCUGUUAUUCCAUUGUGGAUAUACGUCUUCUCCUUGAAUACCAUGACUCUUACUCAUCUGUCCUUCUGUACUUCAAUUUUGUGAUGUCCAUUAUCACCUGCCUGGUGGGAUUGGUAGGAAAUGCAGUUGUCAUCUGUUUUCUUGGAUUUAUCAUGAAGAAACCCAAGUCUAGAUACUGGUUUCUGAAUUUGUCCAUUGCUGAUUUCUUCUUUCUCCUGACCUUACCGCUCCAGGCCAUCUCAGAUCUUAAAGGCACCUGGACAUUUGGGCCGCACAUGUGUAAACUUUCUAUCUUCUGUUUAUUUGCUAAUAUGUAUGCUAGUAUUCUCAUUCUUAUUGGCCUAAAUAUAGCCAGAGUAUUGUCUGUAGCACAACCAAUGUUUCACCACAAAUUCAUCUCCCAACAUGUUUCUUUUUGGGUCUGUAUCUUAAUCUGGUUUAUUGCAAUACUUUUUAGCCUCCCUGUGAUCUACUAUAGUGGUGAAAUGAACAUUGGAGAAAUCAUAAUAUGUAACCACUUAUACUCUAAGAAUUUUAGCUCUGUAAUAGUCAACAAUGGGUACAAUGCGAGUAGUAAGAACACUACAAGGGGCAACUUUAUCUCUGACAUCUAUACCAAGUUAAACCCCUACAUUGAACAAUGCUCAUCAGAUACCUGUUGUGGUGGUGAGGAGACUCUCGAUUCAUGGAACCAUAUGAUGUUUACAUCAAAGCGGAUUUCCAUACCUUUUCUUAUCAUUGGAUAUUUUAUUCCCCUUGGCAUUGUAAUAAUCUGCAAUAUAACUAUAGCUGUUCAUGUGAGAAAAUCCAAGACUGUUAACCCCCACAGACUCUAUCAGGUCGUACUUGUGAUCAUCAUGAUGUUUUUUAUAACAUGGACUCCAGCAGUCAUAGCAGAAAUUAUGUUAUUUAUCGCUAUUCACAAUAUGAACCUCAUAACCAUGUUCAAUGUCUUUAGUUUAAUGCCCCUGUUUAACAACUUUAUUUAUGCAAAUAGCUGUUUAAACCCUAUUGUGUAUGUAUUGACUGGUGGGCAAAUACGAUCAGGACUUUCUGAUUUCAUCAAUAGCAUCAGAAAUAAGUACAUAUGA